GUGACAAGAUCGUGGAAAAAUAUUAUAUUUUGGAGAUCAGAAGCUCUGAAGAAAGAUAAUUAAUUGAGUUGAGAAACAGUUGUAUGCCAGUUUUUAUAUAAUUCUUUGCCGCUCUUUUCCAGUCGUGAGCAGCACUUCAAUGCCUCUGGGGAAUAGGACAAACCGCCCCGUGGAUAUCUUUGCUUCGGAACAAAACAGCAUUUUUGAUUCAUGCUUUCAGCAAAGGAAAAAAAAAGAUAGGAAAAACAUGAAAAAUGGGGAAGUGAACCUUUCCUUUCGGAUAUUUUCGUGCUUCCUUGUCUUGUUUGUUUUCUUCAGGGUUUUGGCUUUUGGUCAGUUUUCCUGAAGAUGGUAAGCUAAGCUUAGGAAGAACAUGGCAGCUCUCUCCAUUUUUCUCUGCUUCGUCUGCGUGAUUGCCACUGCAAUUUUGGUUCAGGGGCAAAGCCAAGCAGGGUUCAUAAGUAUCGAUUGUGGCUCACCCCCAAUAAAUUAUAUAGACACUGAUACUGGUAUUGGUUACACUUCUGAUGGAGCUUUCAUAAACACUGGUGUUAACAUGAACGUGUCUGAAGAGUAUGGUUACCCGAAAAACCCGGUUUUGCCUUUCCCUCUCGCUGAUGUCAGAGCUUUCCCUCAGGGAAACAGGAACUGUUACUCCUUAAACCCAGCUGACGGAAAAGGAAAUCUUUAUCUCAUCAGAGCGACAUUUAUGUACGGCAAUUACGACGGCAAGAACAUUUUGCCCCAAUUUGAUCUCUAUCUUGAUGUGAACUUCUGGUCUUCAGUGAAAUUCAGAAAUGCUUCUGAGAACGUUAUCAGGGAGAUCAUCAGUUUUGCUGAUUCGGACACCUUAUAUGUUUGCCUUGCCAACAAAGGUAUGGGAACUCCUUUUAUAUCAGCUUUGGAGCUCAGGCCAGUGAACAGCUCGGUUUAUCUUACCGAGUUUGGAAGAAAUGUCUCCUUGGUACUAUAUCAAAGAUGGGACAUAGGCUAUUUGAAUGGAAGCGGACGGUAUAAAGAUGAUAUAUAUGAUCGUAUCUGGUCUCCUUUCACCUUGCUCUCUUGGGCAUCAACCAUGGCAUCUGAGCCUGUUGAUAUUUUUCAGGAUGGUUAUAGGCCACCAGUUGAAGUUGUCAAUACAGCGGCCUCCCCUGCAAAUGCCGAUGACCCGUUGGAACUAUCCUGGACAUCAGAUGAUCCAAAUGCUCGGUUUUAUGCUUUUCUGUAUUUUUCAGAACUCAAAGCAUUGAAGAAGAAUGAGAUAAGAAAAAUCAAGAUAUUAUGGAAUGGUUCUCCGGUCUCUGGAAUAUUCGUCCCUGCUUUCCUGUAUUCUUUGACAGUUUCUAAUUCAAGAGCUUUCACCGGUAAGGACCAUUGGAUUUCUGUCCAGAAGGCCACAGAUUCAACACUCCCACCGAUACUCAAUGCUAUCGAGAUUUUUACAGCACAACCAUUGGAUGAACUACGAACAGCAACUGAAGACGUUCUUGCCAUAGAAAGCAUAAGAUUGAUGUACCAAGUGAAAAAGAUUUGGAGUGGGGAUCCAUGUUCCCCAAAACAGUACCCUUGGGAAGGUCUAGGAUGCAGCUAUAGCAAUUCUCAUCCUCGGAUUAUUUCUCUGAACCUAAGCUCAAGCGGGCUAAAUGGACUGAUAGCCGACUCCAUUGGAAAUCUCUCGCUGCUCGAAUCAUUGGAUUUAUCGAACAACAACCUGAUAGGACCUGUGCCAGAGUUUUUGGGUGAUCUGGAACAAUUGAAGUUCCUGAAUCUGAAAGGAAAUAAUUUCACUGGGUUUCUCCCAAAACCUCUUAUGAAAAGAUCAAAGGCAGGGGUACUCACACUAAGUGUGGAUGACCAAAACCUUUGUCAUUCACGAGAAUGUGAAGGCAAGAACAGCAUUCUCAUGCCUGUAGUAGCAGCGGCAUUGGUGUCUGUGCUUUUGAUCGUCCUACUUAUCAUAUGGAUCCUCCGAAAGGAAAGAAGAGCAGGAAAAUACUCAGGACCACUUCUCGCUUCGGGCAAGAGGAGGUUCACUUACAAUGAGGUUUCCAGCGUUACAAGCAACUUCCAGAAAGUGAUUGGUAAGGGAGGAUUCGGUAUUGUUUAUCUCGGGAGCCUUGAAGAUGGAACCGAAGUUGCGGUGAAGAUGAUCAACGAUACUCCACUUGAAAAGUCUAAAGGAUCAUCAUCCCGAGGUUCCAAGGAAUUCCAAGUCGAGGCAGAGCUUCUGUUGACAGUUCAUCACCGGAACUUGGCGUCCUUUGUUGGGUACUGUGACGAUGGUCGGAACAAUGCUCUCAUCUACGAGUACAUGGCAAAUGGGAACUUACAGGACUAUCUAUCAAGUGAAAACGCAGAAAAACUCAGUUGGGGAAUGAGACUCAGAAUAGCCAUAGACGCUGCACAAGGACUGGAGUAUCUGCACCAUGGAUGCAAGCCGCCGAUUAUACACAGAGAUGUGAAAACGGCAAACAUUCUAUUGAAUGAGAACUUGGAAGCUAAGAUUGCCGAUUUCGGCCUCUCAAAGGUCUUCCCCACCGAUGACCAAAGCCAUGUCGUGACCGCCGUCAUGGGCACUCCCGGUUAUGUCGAUCCCGAGUACUACAAUACAUUCAAGCUGAACGAGAAGAGCGAUGUGUACAGCUUCGGGAUCGUAUUGCUGGAACUGAUAACAGGGGAACGUGCCAUAAUGAAGACAGAAGACGGCGACAAGAUCAAUGUAAUCCACUUCGUUGAGCCUUUUCUCGAGACUGGAGACAUCGACGGAGUUGUAGACCGACGUCUACAAGGAAACUUCGAAGCAAACUCGGCCUGGAAGUACAUGGAAAUGGCCAUGUCGUGCGUCAGAGAACGAGGUUCGAAGAGACCGACGAUGAACCAGAUCGUGUCUGAACUGAAACUGUGUCUGGAUGCCGAGAAGGGUCGUGGACCAGAGAUCCGACAAGAUCACGACGACAAGUGGAUGACGAUGACGACGAAGGACAGUUGUUAUGGUGAAUCCAUGUCUUCUGGAUCGAUUUCGACUGGUUAUGAAGAUUAUUCGAUGGUCAGACCCAUGGCAAGGUAGUGAAUGAUGACGUUCAAUUCAAGAGAGUUUGAUCUCAUUUUGUCUUCUUCGGUGUUUAUAUGUUCGUGUUUGUGUUU